CAUCUUUUUACUUCCCAGUACAGAAUGAAGUCGGUCCAACUUUGCUUCCUUUUCUGUUGCUGGAAAGCAAUCUGCUGCAGCAGCUGUGAGCUGACCAACAUCACCAUUGCAGUGGAGAGAGAGGAAUGCCGCUUCUGCAUCAGCAUCAACACAACAUGGUGUGCAGGCUACUGCUACACUAGGGAUCUGGUAUACAAGGACCCAGCCCGACCCAACAUCCAGAAAGCAUGUACCUUCAAGGAUGUGGUGUAUGAGACGGUGAAAAUACCUGGCUGUGCUCACCAUGCAGACUCCCUGUAUACAUAUCCAGUAGCCACUGAGUGUCACUGUGGCAAGUGUGACAGCGACAGUACCGACUGUACCGUGCGAGGCCUAGGACCCAGCUACUGCUCCUUCAGUGACAUGAAAGAAUAAAGGAAGAUGGACAUUUCAGGCUGCGUAGCCUUGUCUUGAAGGAUCAAGAUAUCCCAAAAGCCUGUGUGUAUGUAAUGUGCACAGG